CUGCAGGCGAUCACAAAGUUUUCUAAACACUUUAGUGGGAGAUUUUUCUCCUGCGGAGAUUUAUAAUGCUUUGUUUAAAGAAAUAACAGCAUGUUUGUGGCUGAAGGAGAAAAGGUGCCAGAUGAUUGUAUCCUUUGCGUAUGUAAGACCUUUCCUAACUUUGUUGUUGCAUUCAGCGUUGUCUUCAUUCGUUACCAAUGACUACCGUCAAGACUUUCCGCCAGGUGAUCUCUCUUUGGGAAAGCAGAGUGUGAAAAUAAUUAAUCAUUGAUGGCGUUUUAAUGAUUUGUAUAAAUCUAACCGUCGAUCUUUUUAUCAUGUGUUUUUAUACGCUGGUUAUUUGGUAGUUUAGUCGGCCGAUCACUCAGUGAUCACCCGAUCACUGUCAUCACUGCUCGAACUCUCGACGGUUGACAGCAUUCCUUAUUCUAAAGCGAUUUAUGAUGUUAUACAAUGAGAUCGGAUCGUAUACGUAGUGGCAUCGAGUUAGGCGGAGAGCGCAGUUUGUUGGUGUGAACUACUCACAUGAACGAGUGGAAUGCAUGAAGGAUUGCGUUUUUGUUCCCAGCUGAUCUGUAAACUGUUACAAUGUGUGGGAAUGUGUUCCUUGUUAACUACUCAAUCUUUUUCAAGGAAACUAAAUGUUGUGUAGGUACACUGUUCCUUAAAGGGGACACCGGUAUACAGUGCCAAGAAACACAAUUUUGAAUAAGGAGCAUGUGGGGGAAGGCUUUGUGGCUGAUUUCAUGCCUGUGAUAGGUACAUUCAAGCCUGAACUGUCACCCAGUGUGCACCUUCAAAGAUGCACACAGGGUGAUGACUGAGGCUUGAAUGAGUGUCUGUAGCAUGAAGUACCUAGCUAGGAAUAGUAAAGAAAGAGAUAUGUACCUUACUUCAGAUGCCCCUAUGUUUUCUUUGAUUAAUGGAUCAGUAUUGGAACUUCAAGAAUCGUUUCAUCGUGGCGGUACCAUAAAAGACAUCACAGAUCAAAUCAGCAGUCUAAAUUCCAACUUGAGUAGCUAUGACUCACCAACACAGCUUGUUGUUGACAAAUACAUGAAAGAACAUGGCCUAGAGGUGGAGCCAGAAGAGGAGGAAUUUGGAUAUGGAAGGCUCAUGAUUGAUUACAAGCCUCCCAGGAAGUCGUCAACAAAGAUCAGCAACAAAGGCAAGGAGGUUUUCUUCAGGGUGUGCAUGUGUUGUUAGAUUGGGUGGGGUUAAAACUGAUAUAAAAACAUGGUAAAGGGGUAGCUAGGGUAGGAAGGGGCUAUGCCCCUCAGUUUCGGAUAAUUUGUGAUGAGGUCCUGUUAUCUAAAGGUAAAAUUCUGACAAGUGUCAUGGCCUUAAGCCACCAAAAUUAGACGGGUAUAAUGGUGGCAAAGGACAUAAAGAUGGGUUGAUAUAUUUGCGACAGCAGUGAUGACAAGGGUAAAUACAACAGUAAAAUAAUCAUGGCAGACAUGGCCUCCUCCUCCUCACUAUGUGAUACCAUGGGCUUUGAAAUUAUAGUGAAAGACUAGAGAUAAAUGUGUGCUUUGUUUCAGUUGCUUUUUAAGUUUCAUAAUACAAUAUUUUUGAAAAGAAGUAAAAUUUUGUUCUGUUGUAACUUAUUGUCAGAGGUGGAAGCCAAAGAGGUGUCCAAGUUUGCUGGAGUUUACUCAGUACGAUCAGGUGAGUGUAGAAAGAGUGAAGUACAUUACUGUUGAAAUUAUUUUUGUCACAAAUCAAUUCCAUGUAAUUUCGUUAAACAGGUAUAAUGAUGGAAUGAUUAUUAAUUAUUAAUAUAUUAUAUUCAGCAUUACAACCCAGUUCUGAGAAUCCACUCAUGAAUACUUCCCCACAACAGUCUCAAUUAAUGGGCUGGAAAAAGGCUUCAAAAAAGGUAUGAAUAUAGUCAGUAUUGUUCUUUGCAACUCAAGUACAGUGAGACUGUACAGUGUUGUACAUGUAUAAUACAGUGCUGUGACUAAGAUUUCAAGUUGCCUGGUAAAUAUAACAAGUAGGCAGGGAAUCAAACUAACUAGGGAUUUCUUUUGGUUCUAUUUCUCUUCUAUUUCGCUAUGAAAGAAAUGUUCUUAGUAGCCGGGGGAAAUCCCUGGCCCCUGCCUCUUAAUGACAGCCCUGAUAAAACACAGCAUGAAUUGUCAGAUGUUGUUUCUGAUAAGUAAAAGAAUAAAAUAUUCUUUGUAGAAUACUAUUUAAUAAUCAUUGGACCUGGCACACUGGAUCUUAAGGUCCAGGAUUCCAGCUAGGGCUGUAUGUACCUGUAGUGUAUUAUGUAAAGGUGCACAGGAGUCAAGGAGGCCCACAUGUCUCCAGCUGUACCCACCUUCUGUGGCAUUAAGCAUUAAGUCACCUAUUGACAGCAGCAAAAUACAGCAUAACCCAUGACUCUUAAACAUGUACAUGAUCUUAUUUAUUAUCUACCCCAUGCACAAAUCAUUUCAGAAAGGAAAGAGCUCAAGUAUGAAGCCAAUGCUAGUGGAGGUACUGUUACUUUUAAUUCUUUGACUUUUUAUACCUGUGAUUUUAUCUGUCUGAUUGUGGCAUAUUUGUAGUGGCCAGCAGAUUUACAGAAUAGUGAGGGGGCAGGGAAGGGGGAUGGAGGAGGCAAGGAAAGUGUCCCACCCUUUUCCUCUCCCAAAAGGAUUCAAAGUCAUACACCUGUAUGAUCACAGUAUACCCAGGUUAAAAUGGGUGCGUAUUACAUUGGGACUCAUUUUUUUUUUCCACAAAAUUCUCUUUCUCUUUCCAGCACCUGUGAUAUAUAGACAAUGUUCCCAUUCCUGAUAUUACUCUAAUGAGAAUAGCUUUUUUUUGUUGACGAUUAUUAUUUUUUUGUUGUUCUGUUUAGUUGCAUGUUUAUCCAGGGUAUGAACCAGAUGAAGUCACUCCUCUUCCUGAACCUUUUCAAGCAAAAGAAAUUCUGUCAACAGUAUUAAGUGCUCAGCUGGAUCUCAGAAAGAAGGUAAGAUCGUGAUAAUAUCAAACUGUUGUACACAAGUAGCAUAUGAAUGUACAGUGUAUUCAAGUUCAUUAGAAAAUAAAUCAAAAUGAUUCUUUGGUAUGUAUCAUUAUAGUAGUAUGUGAAAAAAAUAAUAUCAUCAUACAGUUUAUAAUGGUUAUAGGACUGAGUGGAGUCCACUUCAGUCUGUUAUCACAUGAGUGAUAAACACCCGCCCAAAUUAUUUGUUUAAUCAGGAGUAGGAUUACAGACCGAAGUUCUGUUACCAACUAGUCAUAACUGUAACAAAAUUUGUGAUAUUUUAGGCUUUUUAAAUCAAAACACAGGAAAUUUUGCAAGCAGUGAAAAAAAAUGCCAUUUAAGCGAUGCGUGCAAUGGCGUAUACUGUCCUAUAGGUGCUGCAAUCAGGACAACUGAUAGCCAAUCAGAUUUGAGAAUUUUGUUAUACAGGUAGUUAUGGAUAGACAUUUGCCAUUAGUUAUCCCAGAAUGAUCAAUACUGUUGGUGCAACAAAAUUUGUUGCACCAACAGUAUUAAUGUUGAACAGAUAUUGAAGCCAAACUCAAAGAACUUGUUUAGAUUAUAAUAUUGCUGAAUAGUGCAUGUAUACAUUUGAAGAAAAUAAUGCUUGACGGUCUUAUUCUGUUUUAGCCAUCUUUUAAGCGUGAGUUUCAGUCAUUUAUGUUUGCCAAAACUUCUGAGGACAUUCUACAGGUAUGGAAUACCUGUAAACAGUAAUGUAGGUGUAAAAACGAAGAAAACCAUGAGAAUCAAGGACGUAUAUUCUUACCAUAUACCAUGGUUCAUUCAAUCCAUUCACUGUUAGUCUUAAAACUGUGUAAAGUGAAAGUUAAAAUACAUGUAUUAUAUAGAUUAUUUUAAAAUACCAAACACAUGUGACAAAUGCCAAAGUAUAGUUACUUACACCACAGAUUCAAAAAUAAAAUUAAUUUAGAACUACCCUGCAUGACCCUCUGAUAUUGAAUCUGGGAUUGAAAAAGGUAAACAUGACGAAUCUCUGGGUAUAAAAUAAAUUUAUUGUCAUGAUGUUUAAAAUCUACUUAUUUACUUUCAGGACUUGUUUUGGUGGUACUUCUUGGAAAAGUAUCAGGUGGGUGUAACCAUAGUUACUGCAGUGAUUGAUAACUGACUCUUUCCCACUACUUUUGAGUGGUUUGCUCUAUACAAUGCACACUGUAUGGUUAAUGCUGUCACCUAAAUUUUUGUCCAGCCCAACAGGAAUAUCCAAGAAAUGUUGUUUAACCGCAUUGCUCACAAUUAUGUGAAGAUGCUGUUUACAGCACCUGUUACACAGUACAGGGAUAAGUUUCUGAAGGUAAGCACUUUUAACCUGCCCAUUCAUAGCCAGCAUGCCAGGCAUUUGAAGGGAAAGGAGGAGGAGGGUAUGGCUGCGAGAGCAUGUUCUUGGGAGCCUUGAUUCCUCCUUUCCCUACCCUUCACAGGCUACCCAGUGCAUGCACUUCUGCACAAAUAAACGUUUGGCAAAAGUAGCCAAAAACCUUUCUGUGUGAUCUAAAACACAAAAAACACAGGCCAGCCAGGCUCUGUCUCUGUGAGAGGAUUGAAUCUGCUUUCAUCUCUAGCAUCAGACAUUAUCUGAUAGACUUCAACCUCGAGGUCGAGUGGACCACUCACCAGGUUGUAUAGACUUGUAACAUAUCUGUAGGCGUAACCCUCCCCUGUCGCAUUUUUCUGGCACUUUACACCCACUUCAUGCGUGCUUUUCACUUGCCUGAAAAACGCGCAAAAAUGACGCUUGUUCUUCCGGCUACUGUUGGCAGAAAGCUCAGACUGGUGCUUUAGUAAAGUUAUGGUGGGUUCAUUGUACUGCAUAAUGGUUCUGGGCCCUACUAAAGGGGCAUAAAAAGUUAAAAUCAAAUAUUGAUACCCUCUUGAAGACCCUAAACUGAAAGAUGGCUCGUGCACAUGGAGGACAAAAUUUUUUUUUCAGGUUUCAAAUCGUUUUGUUGAACUAUAGAUCAGUUUUUCUGGGAUUUUAAGAGCAAAAACAAUUUAAAAAAUCCUUUGGAAGGGUCAAAAUACCAAAACAGAUACCCUACAUGAACAUUAAGACUGAGCACCUAAAAACUACUCUAUUCCACGGCCUAAAGCUUACCCACCCCCAUCUCCCGGAUUUUGUCAUCCUGACAUCAGAUCUUUUACUUAAGAUUGUAUUGUUCUGUUAUUUCAGCGGUUCCCUAACGUCAUGGCUCAAGCUGUGUACUGCACAUUUUGCACAGCAUUUCCAACAUCGUACAAGCAGUUUGGAGAUGAAUUCAAGGAAGAACUGGUUCAGUUAAUCCAUGAAUGGAUCGCUGGUGGGUGUUUGUUAUCUGUGUUCAGGCACGUGUAACAGAUAACGCAAAUUUUAUCAGCGCUGCAAAUAACAGUGGGUCAUCGGACAUUGUCGGACUAAAAUUUGCGCACGUCCAACGAAAUCGUACCCGCGGUCGGACAUGGGGUUUGUCCGAGUAAAACGGUUACCCCGUCGGAGAUACGUCCUUUCUAAAAAGGAAAAAUUUACGAUCUACAAAGGUUGUUUCUUUAAUAAAGAAACCGCCUUUACACGGGAAAUGUAAGGAGACUUAGACUUUGCUCUGCUGUGAACUCUUUUGUAGACUAUAGACGCCAAAAACCUCCACUGCACCCUAAUCUAGAUGUUCGCCUCCAGACUAAACCCAACCAAACUGUUUGAUUACAUACCCCAUCCCUGACUAAACUACUUGUAAGCCGCACCCAUAGCGGUUUAUACCUAGAGCUUAUAGACAAGGGCUACCCCCUCUCGCAUUCGUAAGCAAACGCGUCAGCAAUUAUAUCGCCCAGAACAAUGCCUCCUCACUUAGCUACAGUAAUCGAAAAAGUUAAGGAAGUUUGAUGUAUGCUAUGAUGACCUGUUCUGGUACACUUUUGUAAUCCCUCAAAACUGGGUAAGCCAAUAUUUCCUGAUGUGCUACAAAAUGUUGGAACAGAAAGCCAUAUAUGACUUUACAACUUUUUCAUUAGGAACCAAGCCUGUUCCAAGAAUCUGGGACAAGUGGAAUUUUAAAGGACUGGAACCUAAAGAUAUGCGGAAAGAUGAGCAAAUCAAGCAGGAUGCUUCGAAAGGUGUUUUACAAGCUUCUCUUCUUAAGCACUCAACUGCAGUAGACUUAGAGACAGGCUUACACGUACGUUCCAUCCACCAAUGCUAGUCACUGGCGGAUCCACGGGAGGGGAGUGCCCCCCCCCCGUUACAACUGUAUUUUGAGACCAAACUGAGACCCGAAGGGCCAAAAAAAAAAUUGGGGGAGACCGGGCCCCCCCUUAGGAUAAGUGCUUUAUUAUCAACAAAGCGCCUACAGACACAUGUGUUUACAAUCUCAGGGUAUGGAUGACCGCCCCCCUCCCUUAUCUGAAGGUCUGGAUCCGCCAAUGCUAGUUGCUACUCUUGAACUUACUAGUUUUCUGCACUGUACUUUACGAAAAAUAAUUACAAAUAGUUUAUAUGAGUUUAAAAUUAAUUGAGAAAGUCGUACAAUGCAACUCAGGCUUGAUUUAAAUCAGAACAGUCCAUUCCAGCUGUUAUAGACUGCGAGCAGUCUCUCUUUUUCGGAUCAAUUGCCACCUACCCCUCCCCUAAGCCAUCAUUUUGCCCUAAGUGAGAAGUAUUAAUGUUAGUUUAAAGGAGGGGUAGUUGCAUAGUUUCCCCAGAAACCUAAAUUGAUCCUAUUUUUCUUCAGAUUUAGUGAGAGGAGCGCGGCACCCGUCUCAGUUGUUCAGUCACGCGCGUGGUCAUUUUCGUGUCUCGCGCGUUUCGCUCGACAGACUAAGAAAAAAGAGAGACUGCUCGUAGUCUAAGCUCCUAUGUUACUUUGAUUCUUUACACUCCUCAUUUGGGGCAACUUCAACUUAACCUCAGCCUUUCGAACGUAGAACAAGUCAAUCUAAACAAAGCUCAACUGAAUACAGUAUCAUAUGGUACUAGUAUAUCGUAACAAGAAAACCAAAAGUGCCACUGUGUUCAUCGUAAUGUCAAACUGAACAGAAUUUUUAACCACAGAAACUGCAUCUGAAGCGACUUCGGACAUAUGCAUUUGAUUACGGCUGUAAUUGUAGCUAGGGCGAAUUGAUAGUUACUUUCUUGCCUUGUAGGUUCUUUGGUUUCACUUCCAGUUGAACUCUCUGAAGAGAACUUAUCAAACCAAACCAGCCUGUCUUCAGUCGGUUACAAACUGAGCCAGAAGUCCUUACCUUUGAUAGUAGAAGAGAAAGCUAAAGCCACAAGUCUUUCCUCCCUUGCUCAGGUAUGGAACCGUUUUACCUUGCCUACAAAUACAGCCGUUUCUCCUGGCUCCUCGCCGAUAGGAACGUUUCGCGGGAGUGAGUAUACGCCCAAAAACUGUUACCGUAAGUUUCUUCAAGGAGAGUUGUGGGUUAUAGGCGACUAUUGUAGAUCAAAACGUCGAGAUUGUAAAACAUCUGCAAGAUAGCUGCGUUGUCUGGUGCGAAAGUCCCGAUAAAAUACUCUUUCCUCGUGUUUAUGCAAGAUUCGAAGAUAAGUUAACUGCUGUGUCAAAACUUCAGCAACAAUCACUUUGAAGAACCAAUAAUAGUGAAACUCGCAAAUUCGUCACUUAAGACAGGAGAAGGGAACUGGGCCGAGUAUUCUUUCGCAAAGACUUCUGGGAAUGUUACUAGGGACAUUGAAAAUAAUUGGAACAGCUUAUCGACUAGCCUCCCACGCGGGCGACGAAAUACGAGCUCCCCUAAAAACGCCUGCGUGGGAGGCUACUUAUCGACGAGUCCCAAGUGACGAUCCCAGAGACAAUUGGGCGACGCGUUUCGGCUCAGUUUCCUCAGUUCUCGUUUGAAAAGUACUUGUAAAUGAUGUAAUGAAGUCAUACUUCACCUACAGGGGCGAGACAUCAGGAGAAAGUCAAUCGCGGUCAAAAAAGGGUCACACAUUGGUAACGUAACGAACAAUGAAGAGAGUUGUGAUACUGUUAAUCGUCUCACUGUGUGUCACGCAAACGAGGAAAAGGAGAGUUCUGCGUCACGGUCACCUUCCUUGAACCGUCUCCAGGCAAAGGUGUCGUCAUUCACCGCAUUUACUGGUGUCCACAAGGCGAAUCAAGCGGAGAAACGUAGGGAGGUAAAUAAAGUAUUUGUAAAAGCAGUUAAUGUUGUCUUCAGCAUUGAAUGUAGUCACAACAAAUAAAGUGUUCUUGUAGUCACUACGGCCAUUCUGAUAGCAGGCCUAACCUCUGAUUUCGGAAAAGCCAACGAAUACUGUAGAUGAGGUGAGCCGAGUAUUAACGACCAGCCGAGCACAGACGGUUAUUUCUUAACUUAUAUAUAAUUAUACGUUGUAGGUAAAAACCUUUCUGAGGUUAAAGGACAACUUUCUUUAUCUUCUAUGUAUAACAAGGGCAGGGAAACAAAGCCAAUUGUGAUUCAAACUAGGGUGUAUACUGGUUUAACCUGAAAACACACUGUUUGAGUGGUUACGUGAGUGAUAAGCUCCAAAAAUUACAGAAUCGUGCAGCCAGAGUUAUUACUAAAUCACCCUUUGAUACGAGCUCAAACCACCUUCUCUCCACCUUCGACUGGGAGAGGCUAUCUCUUUGAUGAAAGAAACAGAAAGCCUUAAUGAUGUAUAAAACCUUGAUUGACCUUGCUCCGGAAUAUCUACAAAGUAUUUUCUCUCAGUCUCACUCUGCUCACAACUUGAGAAACUCUGAGGGAAAGCUGAGCCUGUCGAAACCAAGCACCAAUUAUUUGAAACGAAGCUUCUCUUACACCGGGGCCAUGUUAUGGAAUAACUUGCCCAAAAGCGUGAAAAAUACUGCAUCUGUUGAGCGUGUAAGCGAAAUAUCAAGAAGGUAGCUGUGAUAUCGGACUCCCACAAGGCAAUCAUGGAAAGCAGUUGUAAUUAAUUUUAGUUUUUAACUUAAGCUUAACUGAUGAUUUUCCGUAUAUAAGUAAAGGUUUACAUACAUAUAUACCACAACAUAAUACAACUUACGUUUGCGUUAUCUGAGGAAACACAUCUGGCUUCUUGACCAGUUUGCUGAUACCAUUUUCAUAUAUAGAGGUAUUCAGGACGGUUUUACCAUGCCUCUUUGACUCCUUUUUCCCUCUUCAGUCAUGUCCUGUUGGGAGAGGUCCAGAGUUUUCUCGCUGUGUGUUUGACGUUUAUGGCCACAGUCCGCUUGUGGAACAGUUUCUCAAGAUGCAGAAAUUAUCCAAAGAUUCAGGGACGUCUGUUUUAAUGCAGAGAACAGAAAUCAAGUCCCUUCCACCAUAUCCUUUUUUGCUAACAAAGAUAGCCCUACCCCCCCCCCCUUCCCAACCCAAUGGCCUAAAAAACGCUUUAGAGCCACUUUGAAUAGAUAAACUGGUAAUCCUUGCUUGUGGCAAUCUUGGGGUCACAUAUCCUUGAAUCCUAAAAAGGACGGAGUUAUAGCUGUCGAGAAAAGGAGGGAGACUGCAUGUGUCAUAGGAAUGCAACAAAGCAGAGAGAUGCCGGUUAGAGUCAGAAGAUAGGCCAUAUCCCAGUUACCUCAAGCCUCUUCUUGAAAACGAGUCUAAGUGCGAAGUUUUUGAUAUGAAAAGACCUUUUUAUUUCAGUUGUCAUGCAAAUGAAACCCAUUUAUCUAGUUCUGCACUUAGCCUCACUGAAGGUGAUGUUUUGGAAAAUUUGUUACACAUCAACUUCCUUGACUCAUUCUCACAUUAUCCGCUCCGACUUAUCGAGAGGUGAUUCGAAAGUCACUAAAGGCCUCACAAGCCAUAACAAGUGAUUUUAAAAAGUGAGUAAUUUUGCCAUUCUUUGUUUGAUUUCCAGUUGCAGGUAUCGCAAUAGAAGUACUAGUGUUCUUGACAAACGUUAAGCCUCUUAGAAAACGAAUCGUUUAACUUUUGAGGCAUUAACAAGGAAGGAAGCUGAAAGGAAGGAAAGAAAGCACGGGGCAUUGGUAGGGGCGAAAUCGGUCUAAGGGGUAUCCCUGGGGUAUGUCUUGUUGUAGUCAACACAACAAAAAACAAACGCAAUUUCCGUUCCAGUGUCCAGAUCAAAAUAGAUGAUAAGACAGUAAAAUUAAGUCGUUGAUCUUGUCUUUUUCUCUCUUCCUGAACUGACACUGCCCCACACUGCCGUUUUAAAAGAGAAAAGGACUUAAGCCUGACUCCUGUGGUCUUUCGUCAAUAUCACUUCACUUUACGUCGCUUUACGACGCAUAUCAAAGGUUGUGUGGGUAUCAUAUGACCAUUCUCAACUUCAACCCGGGCAAUAUCUUCAUGAUGGAAUACAUUUUGUUCUUGUUAACAGACUUCAUGAAGAGAAUACUCACCAACGAACUUUGUUUGUGCGUAAACAGAAGCAAGCCAAUUUAGACUUCACCAGGUACAGUGUACUUGUACAAAGUGUGACGGGAAUCAAUUCAAUCUUCCGUGGCCUCUCGUUACCCUUUCACCUUCUAAGAAUGACCCAAGCCAAAAUCCAUGAAAUAUUCCAUUCUCUGUUGUAAACUACUGUAACUCAAAUGGUUUCACACGGAAGCUCUACCAGAGAGGUUUCUUGUGAAUGGCUCCACGGUGGGAUUUUGUCAAAAGAUUCAAAAGUUGGAAAACGUAAGAAGCCUUUAGUAUUCAUUGUCUUGGCAAUUGCACAUGUCAAAAGGCAAAUUUUCUUACCAAAGUAUUCCCCUUGUUUGUUUAAAAACCUAACCAGUCCAAACCUUAAAUUCCAGAAAGUGAGUUGCCAAUUAGACUUUCAAAAAAGUCCUUCGUCGGAUUUCAUUCGUCGGACUUCGUCUUCGUCUUCGACUUCGCCGUACCUCUCGCGACUUCGUCGCUCCCGGUGGGCUGCUUCGCGGCCUAAAAAGGCUCGCUUCGCUCGCCAAGAGGUCGACUUGUAGCAAGUCUAGUUGCCAAUAGUCAUUGUACCAUUCACGUGGUACAAGUCGCUUGAAGUGCCAGCGACGCAGUGGGACAAGGCACACAAAGAGCUCACAUCAUUUAACCCUUUAAGCGCUAAGAGUGAUCAGCAUCAAAUUUCUCCUUGUAAUAUCAAUGCUUUAUAAAACAGAGUGGUCAUGAGAAUUACGGACAUGAUCACACAAGAUGAAUUUGCUUGAUAUUUGAUCAACUUCUUCCCACUACUUCUGUAGGAAGUGAAUAGGGGAAACAAAUGAGAAUUCAAAUUUUGAUCUUAGUGUUUAAAGGGUUAAAAAGAUAAUUUCCUUCGUUUGUCAUCUCCUGCUCUCCAGCGUGGCGGUAAAAUUUGUACCAGGUGUAUGACUAGCUGCAAUGGGCCUAUUGAUUUGUUUAUUUUAUACUUUGUGUGUUUUAGACGGGAAGGAGAGUUAUUGUCACGGCAAAAAGACGUAAAGAAGAUCAGUGAACUGAUAUAUCUUGAGCUAACGGUGAGGAUGUUACCUGUUUUUGAAAUUGUACAGUUCGAGAAUUCCCCACUUCAGAAAAUUUAUAGGGACAAUGAGUACAAGUUUUGGACGCAGUGAUGUCUGAGAUCGUUUCGAAUCGUUUGGGUGGACACCCGAAUUGGUCGAUGGUAUUUAAGGCAACUAUGAACCAAUCAUAAGUAACGCUUGUCCACCCAAACGAUAGUCUGCUACACAGCCGUUUUUAGUGUCUUCACGCAACGCUCCUCCCCACAGCUGUUAGUGGGGAGGAGCGUUGCGUGACGACACUAAAAACGGCUGUGUAGCAGACUACCCAAACGAUCCCAGAAAUCAUUUAGCGGAAAGCUUGUACCCAUUCCCUUUUUAGUUUCUGAAAUGAGGACUGGCGUAGCCUGCGUCGUAGACAGUUUAAAUCUUGGUCUCGAGUGACAAGUCCGGCUUUUACGCAAGCUCAGAAUGGCGUUGAGAAUUAUCAAGGACCUACUUGACAAAGUGAGAUUUAAUUCGAGUAUGAUUUUCUGUGGCUAAGUGGAGAUUCCUCGUCGAGUUUAUCGAUACUAUAAACCACUUUCAUCGUUGCCGGCGUUGCCUUCUAAGAGAAAGUGAAUGGUUCACACGCGUGCAUUACCGUGAAUACUGAGAAAUCUCGUAAUCGUUGUCGUACUCGUCGUAGAAUCUAGAGGAUAGCAACAAUUGAAACUACUGUUAAAGAAAUCUGACUUGAAUGGUCACACUCUGGGGUUACAUCCACAAACCCCGCCCAAAGUUUGAACUACGUUUGUCUUUCCAGUUGACACUGUAAGUGUAAGUGAAAGGGCUAAUUGCGGUGUCCUUUCCGUGCUAACGGGGCUCUUUUAUUUGACUAAUAUUCAGAAAGAUGGAGAUGAACAGAGUAGCGGCAAGGUUGCGGCUGCCGUUGCCUCUGCGAUGGGCUAUGGAACAGAGAAUGAAACCAAAUGAGCGGUUUAUCAACGAUUCCUUGAUGAAACCGGUUUUGCUCGGACUCGAACGAAUCCCAAGAGGCCUAUUAUG